AUCAACCUCACUAUCUUCCUAACCUUGAGGUUGCUGCCACUGCCACAGACCUGUCCCGUGCUCGGGCCCAUCUGACUGGGCUGCCUAACACGGUUCUUGGCGUGCCUCUUCCGCUCCGCCUUUCAUAUAGUCCUCACAGUCCAUGGCUGCGUGCUGACCUCUCUACCUUUCAUCUCCUCUUCCUUUCCUUCAUCCACCGCUUUCAUCAUGCGCUUCACCUCCCUCUCCGCCGUCAUUGGGCUCCUCUCCAUCACUUCUGCGAGCCCAAUCCUCGACACUCGCGCGACUCCUACCAACAGCACGGCACCGUGUGCUGCUGUGUCCUCUGCCUACUUUGCCCAGACCAACCCUGUCCCCACGGUCCCGGCGCAGAUAGCCUACGAUUGCAUCAAGAGCGUACCUCUCAAUGUCACCUCCGCCAAGAAGCUCUUAGGAGACAUUCGGCCGUAUAUCAACUGGCAGAGCACCCUAGCCUUCCUUAAGAACCCGCCUGCCGAGUACAAACAAAAGGUCCAGGACGCAGUCGACAUCAUCGCCGGAUUAGAUGACAUCGAAGCCAAGGUCAACAGUGGAGCCUUCACAGGCGAGUACGACUUUGGCUUUGCACUGUACCAGCUGGUCCAAUCAGCCCACGAUGGCCACUUUUCGCUUGUCCCAGACUCUGUCGGUGCUAUCUUCAACUUCGGCCGCACCGUCCCCUUGGUCUCCGUCUCUGAAGAUGGCUUGAAGGUGCCCGCAGUGUUCGCCUACGCCGACGUGCUGGGCCAGCACUUCAAGAACAUCUCGUACACUCCCUCUGCCAUUGUCAAGAUUGACGGUAAAGACGCAGCCACUUUUCUUGAGGACUGGAGCCAAUGGGGAUCUCUCCAGGACCGUGACGCGCUGUACAACAACGUCUUCUACGAACUCGCCCAGGUCUCUCUUGGUACUUCUGGCAGUGGUACUGGAACUUUCACAGGGGGAGGUCGUGGUCGUUGGGCAUGGCCUGGUGCAACCACUACCUUCACCUUCGCGAACGGGACUUCGAGAACUAUUGACAAUUACGCCCGUGUUUUGGUUAGCAUGAGAGGCAUUGAUUCAGGGGAGAAGUUGCAGAACACCUACUUCUAUUACGCCAAUGCCGGCCAAGCUGCGGGAGGCAACAUCCAAGCCGUUCCUGGGGUUGAAGCCGCCAGUAGUGCUGCCGUGGCGACCGCAGCAGCAGCAGCAACACCAACGCCUGAGUCACCUCCAGGGUACCCCCCAAUCGUUGUCCAGGGUCCAUUGAACCUCAUAAACGGCUACUAUGUCGACUCGCCAGACUACGAAGACGUGGCUGUUCUCUCUGUCCCUAACUUUGUCGGAAACGAGGCCGCUGAAAUCCCCUUCCAAGAGACAACGCAGAACUUUGUCGCCAAAGCCCUCAAAGACGGCAAGAAGAAGCUGAUCGUCGACGUUUCGGCCAACGGCGGUGGUACCAUCCUGCAAGGCUACGAUCUGUUCAAACAGUUGUUUCCCUCAAUUCUGCCCUACGGUGCCACCCGGUUCCGUGCCCAUGAAGCCGCUGACCUUGUCGGCCAGUCCUUCAGCGCGUUGGCCUCCAAAUACCCCAGAACAUUGCACACAAUCAACAGCACGGUCCUCGAUGUCCAGUCCUCCUACUUCGACUACCACACCGACGCCGACGUCAAUUACGAGCCCUUCACCUCGUGGCCAGAAAAGUACUCCCCUCGCGUCUACAACGGCGACAACUACACCGGCAUCGCGCGUUGGAACCUCUCCGACGUCCUGAUCACCUACAACUCGGGCGGCAUCAACAUCACCGGCUACGGCCCGCGCUCAAACUUCACCCAGCAGCCCUUCGACGCCGCCGACAUCGUCAUUGUCUACGACGGCUACUGCGCGUCCACGUGCACCAUCUUCUCCGAGCUCAUGCGCCAACAAGCCGGCGUCAAGGCCAUCGCCAUGGGCGGCCGCGCCAACGCCGCCGCCAUCCAGGCCGUCGGCGGCGUCAAGGGCACCAACAACUACCAGUGGGGCUACAUCCAGUCGCUCGCGCAGGAGGCGGUUAUGCUCGCGGCCCCAGAGGAGGCGGAGCGGUACAACACGAGCGUGCUGAAGGACUACUACUCCGACACCCCGUUCUCGCGCGCGGCGGUGGCCCCGGGCGUCAACGUCCGCGACGGCCUGCGCGAGGGCGAUGAUAGCGGAACGCCGCUGCAGUUCCGCUACGAGGAGGCCGACUGCCGGCUCUACUACACGUCUGAAAUGACGGUUGAUGUGACGGAAAUCUGGAAGGGCGUCGCGGACGCGCAGUGGGGCGGCAAGGGGAAGUGUGUGCCCUACGGCCCACAGGGAUAUCGCGAAAAGCGCGACGUUACGCGGACGCUGGGUGGCAGUGGGCUGAGGAAGCGGGGGGUGGCCGACGCGAAGGUGUUCGAGGCGUUGGAGAAGACUUUCAGCAUUGAGACUGAGAAUAAGCUCAGCGGGGACGGCUUUAUGCUGCCGUAGGCGGUCAAUGAGAGGCGGAAAAGGGGGUUACGACUGGUAUGGUAAUGCAUGCAUUAGCUGGCUGGCUUCUUAGAGCGGUAGCUGGAUUGGGAGCUAAUUGCGGUUAGGCUAGUUUAUAAUGACUAUAUGAGGCUCUGAAGCUUUGUUGAUUGCAUAUCUUGAGCCGCUGUUUGAGGUCCGUUGAUGGGUUCUGGGAUAUUGUGAAGGAUGUCAUGUUUGAGU